AAAAAUUAAUAGCGUUCAACGUUACACAUCAUUACCCUCUGAAUUUACAUGAAGGUGAUAGAUGACAAUAUGUCUGAUACAUUAUAUUCGAAAGGAUGAUACGAAAUCCUGCAAAUCCUAUAGUUUUCUUUGAUAUUAUGGUUGGGACAACGGAAGUGGGAAGAGUUAAGAUAGAACUCUAUGCCGAUAUUGUCCCUAAAACUGCUGAAAAUUUUAGGCAAUUUUGUACAGGGGAGCAUAAAAAAGAUGGAAUUCCUAUGGGUUUUAAAAAAUCUACAUUUCAUAGGGUUAUUAAGGAUUUUAUGAUUCAAGGUGGGGAUUUUCUAAAUAAUGAUGGUACAGGUGUUAUGAGUAUAUAUGGAGGGAACUUUAAGGAUGAAAACUUUGUACUAAAACAUGAUAAACCAGGACUACUCUCUAUGGCCAAUUCCGGUAAAGAUACAAAUGGAUGUCAAUUUUUUAUCACUUGUGGGAAAUGCGAUUUUUUGGAUGGGAAGCAUGUUGUGUUUGGUAGAGUUGUUGAAGGAUUAUUAGUUUUAAGGAAAAUGGAGAAUGUUCCAACAGGACCUAACAACAAGCCAAAAAUUCCUGUCACUAUUAGUGAAUGUGGAGAAAUGUAGAAAGAAUGUUGUAUUUUUAAAAAAUAUAUAUAA